CAUUUCUUUGAAGAAAAAGCAUUUGGAAUAUGAAUUUGGACAACUUUGUAAAUCGUCUUUGGACAGCAAAAGACUUUGUAGAAUAUGUAAACUUGAGAUGGAGAAAUUCUCUACUUGGUAAAAAUUGUUAUUGGUACGGAACUGGCAGUAUAGUGUCGUGUGAGACUGGAAAGGUUAUUGCGUUGCUUGAAGGUUUAGAAUGGGGAACUGUUCGAAGUAUUUCACAACAGUCCAUUAACCAAGGAACAACAAAAGCUGUUGUAUCCUCUAAAAAGCUUUAUUUUCUGAAAGAUCCAGAAACAGGAAGCUACCUGAGUGAAUGCGUUUCUCAAAGGCGAACGAGAAAAGUAAAUCCCAUAUUUUAUCCUCAACAAGAUAUACAGCUUGUUUGGGACAAUCGAUCAGUCGAAUUGUCAAAGCAAAGUGUUUCUGUGUCCAGCAAGACUUUAUUAGGUUCUCGAGUAACCCAUAUGGCUAAUAUUCGAGUAUAUAGUUUGCCUAUUUUUGUAAGAAUAGGGAAUAAGAAAGCGGGUUAUAUAUCCACUUUGGAGAAAUAUGACUUGUAUCAUUAUACUCAUUUUUUGAGUAGAUUGUUCAUGAGUCCUAUUCUGUCUUGGGUUCGUUAUGGAGAUUGUCCUUCUUGGUAUGGUAAAGGCAAAUGUACAAGUUAUCUUGUGAGUAAGAAACUCAAAAAUAUCCACUCUUUACCAAAGGAAUUGGUUAAUCAAGUGAAGAAUUAUGACCCGUUAUUCUUUCAACAGCCAUUAUCUUCUUAUGAAGAUUCGCACUUUGAAUCAGAUGAUAAGCAUCGUCGCAAUAGAAACAAGCGUAUCUUAGGAGAGCGGUCGUUCUCCCAAUAGCGAAAUAUAUUUCAAAGCCAUAUGCCAAUUCUACUUUUUAAGAAAUAUGAAGACUACUAAAAGGAAUGAAUACCAAAUACUUUUCAUUAACUUGGUAUAAAGUUUCACAUUGUUGAACAUGAUGAUGAUUACGAG